AUGGUCAAGUACUAUCCCUCUCUCAACGAGCACCAUGUCGAGUUCAUCACCGCUCAGCCUCUCUUCUUCGUCGCAAGUGCUCCUUGGGCAGGGGACCACAUCAAUGUCUCCCCUAAAGGCCAUCUGUCUCGCACAUUUUGCGUGCUCGGGCCCAAUACCGUCGCUUACCUCGACGCGACAGGCAGUGGCUGUGAAACCAUUUCGCACGUCUACGAGAACGGUCGUGUCACCCUCAUGUUUUGCUCCUUUGGGCCCUCACCACAAAUAAUGAGGCUGUUCUGUAAGGGUCGAGUUGUUGAGAAGUUCGACCAUCACUACCAGGAGCUGAGAGCUAAGAUGGCAACCGAGAACGGCGAUGAUAUCGACAUGAUUGGUGCUAGGGCCAUCAUCGUGCUGAAGAUUCAGAAGGUGCAGACGAGCUGUGGAUUCGGGGUGCCAAUCAUGGGCACGACAGCCGCAACUCCAAUCGAAGCCACAGGAGAUGCAGUAACCAUGGUCGAGCACGAUGAAGACACAGCGGCCAACGAUGGAUGGAAGCCGCGCGAGACCAUGGAGAAAUGGGCUCGAAAGAUGCUCGAGAAACAAGAGCUCAUGGAUUACCAAAAGAGAUCGAACCACCAGUCACUUGAUGGCUUGCCAGGCAUGCUGAGUGCUCGGCGUGCACUUGACCAGAAUUUCGCUAUUGAAGACACGAAAGCCUGGAUCCGGAAAGUCAGCCGACAAGGAGAUGCCGUCAUGCUUGGUGUCGGGUUGGGUGUCCUACUCAUGAUAAUAGCCAGCGUCGUGGGUAUCAUCAGCAUACGACUACCCUUUAUCCACCACUUUCUGAACUACCAGAGGCGACAAAUGGGUGUACCAGAGGAGCCGUGGAACAAGUCGGAGCUUUAA